UUUUUAGGUCUAUGGUCCAGAUGAUGUCACGCCAGUGAUGACUGGUUUAGAGAGGGAUUGCAGCUGUACAAUUUUGUGUGUGACUAUCGGAGUACGAUAUCGUAUAAGGAGUAUACAGUAAUCGCUGUGAAAUUAUUUCAUUCUUUGAUCUUUUGAUUUUUGUCAAUAUCGCCAAGUAUUUGCAUCACAUUGUGAUUAACGAGUCGAAAUGUUUGGUAAGAGAAAAGAACAGCCGAAACAGCCUAGGCCAAUUGGCAGCUUAGAACAGUAUGGCAUCUUCCAAGUACCUGAUAUAAAUAUCGGCAAUAUUAAUGAUAACAUGAUGGAGGAUGAUGAUAAUGACGAAACUUUGGAAGCUGAAUUAGCUGCUUUGGCGGCUGGCAACGAUACAGGUUACAAGAGCCGACGCAGCGUUGCACGUAAAGCUGUUGCUGAUGUAAACUUGGACAGUAUGGUAGCUGAUUGUAUGAAAGAUACAAAUUCAGACGAGGAACCAUCUGAAGGAGAUGAUGAUCCUGCAUUAUUGAAAGAGCUGCAGAUGCUUACAGGAACUGAGACUGCGACAGAAAAGACAGAAACGCCAAAAUUAAUGGAAGAAGAAGAGGCAGAUCACGGUAAAGAGGAAUCCGCUGAAGCUAAAGAAGAAAAUAAUUCUACGCAAGAAUUGAUCAAUUUGUUGCAAGAAAGGCUAAACAUUUAUGAGAUAGCGGAGGAAAAGGCAAAAGGAAAGGCUGAGACUGGUAGGGCUAGAAGGUAUAACAGAGGUGUAAAAACGCUGAAGGAGAUGUUGGUUUCUAUAAAAGCAGGUGGAAGUAUAAACGAAGCUGACAUUCCUCCAGCUUUGCCUUCUUCAGCUACUACUGAACAUGUCAAAAAUAUAGAAGAAAAGACACCGUCACCAGUGGAAGUUAGUGAAGCAGUUGCAACAUCAGACGUGAUCUCAAAUGAUGAUAAUAAUCCUUCUGAAACAACGACAGACAUCACAGUUGAUCAAGAGGCUCUGGAUAAAUUAAAAGCGCAGCAACAGAAAUAUAAGACUGCAGCAAUCGCUUGGAAGAAAGCGGGAAACAAAGAGCAAGCACUGGAAUAUGUAAAAACUAUAAAACAAUUUGAUAUAGUUAUUGCUGCAAUUGCUGCGGGUGAAAAGCUUGAUUUGUCAGAUAUGCCACCUACUCCAAUUCUACCUUCCUCAACUGGGACUGCGACAGCAGCUGCAAAAGAAGAAAGUGAAGUUCAACAGCAAACUUCUGGUGAAGCAGCUGGUCCAGGAAAAUGUGGUCUCGAGAAUAUUGAAGGUGCCCUUAAAGAGCGCCUCGAGGUAUAUAGAAGAACCAAAGUAGCUGCCGAAGAUGAGGGUAACACAUCUAAAGCACGGAGAUAUGGUAGAAUUUGCAAACAAUUUGAAGAUGCCAUUAAGUUGUAUGCACAUGGGAAGGUUGUAUCUUUAGAUGAGCUUCCUGUUCCACCUGGUUUUCCACCGUUAUCGUUGAAUUCACAAAAUAACGACAACACUGCGCAACCUGCAUCUAAACCCGAGACAUCUGAUAAUAAUAUUGUAAUGAAGUCUGUGCAACCAAAACCACCUGUUCCCCCUCCUCGAACAGGACAGAAACCAAAUCAGAGGAUUACGUCGCGUGCAGAGAAGCAAAUGUUGCAAUUGCAACUACGGCAGCGUGAAUUAAAGCAAGCUGCUCUAAAUGCAAAAAAUGACGGAGAUAUAGAUUUGGCACGUGAUUAUCUAAGACAAGCGAAAGGAAUACAACCUUUAAUUGGAGCUAGCAAAGCUGGCCUGCCUGUCGACAUGACUUCGAUCCCACUAUCGCCUCUUGAAAAAGUAGAGCUCGGUACAUCACAGAAGGAUGAAAAUUUUGUAUUGGUGUCUUCUGAUGAUUUUUUGGAAGGUUUGACUGGAACAGACGAAAAAAUUUAUGAAAAUCUUGAACUCCAAUUAAUUAAACAAAUUAAGUGGUGUUUGUCUACACGAGAUCAUUCAAAAGCAUUGGGAGAUGUUCCUGGAUAUAAUAGAUGGGAGCGGCUUGCACUAAGCUACACGCGUGAUUUAGAUAUGCUUAGAGUUCGAAAACGUGAUGCACUGCCACCACCACAACACCAUUAUGAAACAAAAACCUACCAAAUAGUACAGAGUUCCACGGAUUUAAAUGAUAGUGAUAUAGAAAUUUCUGUAAUUAGAGGAAUUAACUACUCUCGGGAAGCAGACACAUAUGUAAUGUGUGAAUUUCCACUUCCAUCGGAUAAUCAUUCUGUAGAUAGGACAUCGACGAUCAAGGAUUCUGUCAAUCCCGAGUACCAAGCUGUAUUUUUGCUGAAUAGCAUUAUAAAUCGCACCUCCAGACAAUGCCAGAGAGCAUUCAAACGACAUGCCUUGAAGUGUGAAGUUUGGGCGAAAGGAUGCUCGCUGAAUCCCAUCCUGUGUUGCACUCAUCCCAGAGGUUUUUUCCGAAGUGAUAGCUUGCUUGGUACAGUAAUGGUCAAAUUACAACCUUUAGAGUCUCAAUGCACUCUACAUGAUUCUUUUCCACUUAUGGAUGGCAGGAAAGCGACAGGAGGAAAACUGGAGUUGAAAGUCCGUCUGAGGAAUCCAAUUCUUUUUAAGCAAAUUGAACAUGUCACGGAUAAAUGGUUAACUAUUGAUCAAUAGUUCAAUUUAUUGACUCAGCAAAAAUUAUAUUAAUUUGCUGUAUUUAUUAUUAUUUGGUUAUAUUAUGAAGCCUGUGAAAACGACGCAUUGAAAAUAGUAUUUUUUAUCAAUAACAUAUAUUAAUGAUAUUGUAAGAUAAAAGGCAAUGUAUAUAUCUCAACACAAUAACACAUAAUAAGUAAAAA